AUGCACCGGAACGCGGGCAAGCGGCGGCACGUGCCCUCCGUGGGGGCACUGGGCGAGGCAUGGCAGGUGUGCACAGCUUGUUCCACACCCAUGGGGCGUCUCCCAGGUGUGAUCACUGUCCUGCACAUCCACAGGGAUACCCUGCGGGCCCUGCGCUGCCCACCCAGAGCCAGGCUGUCCCUGUCACCCACCCUGAGGUGCCGCGUGUCCCCCGCAGGCGACUCUUGGGGGAUCUUCACCUUCCUGUGCGCAGCGCUCUGCAACCUGCCGGCGCUGCCGGCACUGAACUGCUCCGAGGAGCUGGGCACCGGCCAGUCCAUCCAGCAGACCUACGACCUCACUCGCUACCUGGAGCACCAGCUCCGCACCCUCGCCGGCACCUACCUGAACUACCUGGGGCCCCCCUUCAAUGAGCCCGACUUCAAUCCCCCACGUCUGGCGCGCGCCGAGCGGGUGCCCAGCGCCACGGUGGACCUGGACUUGUGGAGGGGCCUGACGGACAACGCCCGCCUGGCCGCCAACUACCGCGCCUACAGCCGCCUGCUGUGCUACCUGCGCGUGCUGGACGGGCAGGUGGGCACGGCCGAGCUGCGCCACCGCCUCGCCCACUUCUGUGCCAGCCUCCAGGGGCUGGUGCUCAGCAUCGGCGGCGUCAUGUCCUCCCUGGGGUACCCGCUGCCCGCCGGCCCUGCCGGGCCCCCCGCCGGGCCUCCCGAGGCCCCCCCGGCCCCCAACGACUUCCUGAAGAAGAUGGACGACUUCUGGCUGCUCAAGGAGCUGCAGACCUGGCUCUGGCGCUCGGCCAAAGACUUCAACCGCCUCAAGAAGAAGGUGCCGCCCGCCGUGGUCACCCUGCGGCUGGAGGCGAGGGGGUUCUGAGCACCCUGCCCGUGCCCCCUCCCGCCUUGUGUUGGCGGGGUGCGGACGGGGCUCCUCACCCAGGUGCCCUCUCCACCACCAGUGUGCCUUGAGCAAUGGGGUUCCUGACCCCAAAGUGUCACCAAAGCCACCCCACAUCCCCUCUGUCACUGCAGUGUGCUGUAAGGGAUGGGUCUCCCGACCCCAAGUGCCACCAAAGCCACCCCACACAUCCCCUCUGUCACCACACUGUGUCUUUUAAGGGCAGGUCUCCUGAUCCCAAAGUGUCAUCGAAGCCACCCCACAGCCCCUCCCUCAUCAUACUGCGUCUUAAAGGGGCAGGGUCCCUUACCCCAAGUGCCACCACAGCCAUGCCAUGUCCCCUCUCCCCCACCAGUGUGCCUUGAGAGAUGGGUCUCCUGACUCCCAAAGAGCGACCUUACAGCCCCUCUGUCACCACACUGUGCCUUAAGGGACGGGUCCCCUGACUCCCAGGUGCGCCCCCCGGGUGUCCCCACCCUUCCAGGGUGCCCCACGCCCCCACCCCAAGAGCUCCACGUGGGUACAAGCCCCACCCACCUCGAAAAGGACCAAGCCCCUCUGAGAAUAGGAAUAAGCCCCACCCCAUCCAGCAGCAACUCCGCCCCUGGAGCAAUAGGUUCCACCCCUGGAUGGCAAUAAGCCCCGCCCACUAGUCUAUGUAGCCAACCCCGCUUCCUGUCCACAACAGGCCACGCCCUAUUUUAACCGAAGCCCCGCCUCCCAGUGACCAACAAUGCAGAGCUGGGGGCGUGGCCUGGAUCCGGGGCCGGGGCCGCUGUCCUGGUGCGUCUAUGAGUGUUUAUUUAUUGGAGAUGUUUUAUUUAUUGGGGUAUUUAUUGCAGAAGAUCUAUUCUUGUAUGAACGAAUAAAAGCCUUUCUCCA